AUGAUUGCUCGCAUCUAUCUAUCUAUCUAUCUAUCUAUGAUUGCUCGCAUCUAUCUAUCUAUCUAUCUAUCUAUCUAUCUAUCUAUCUAUCUAUCUAUCUAUCAAUCUUGUCGGAAGAAUACACCUCCAUGGUCUCGUAAGCCCUCUCCUUCUUUCAGUAGCUCUUACUUUAAUUCAUUCUUUAAAUCUUUCCCCCUUUCAUAUUCUUACUCAUUUAUUUUUCAUUCGAUCUUUCAUACUGUUUUCUUUCUUGCUAUCGUUGUUUCUUUCAUUUUCGUUUUUCUUUCUUAUUUCUAUUUAAGUAAUUUUCUUUCUUUUUAUUCUUUUAUAAGCACCAAUUCAAAGUUAUUCGGUCUUUUUCUUCAUUCUGUACGUUUAAUUUUUCUUCGUCACCCUUUCUUUUAUUAUUUUUCUUUCUUAUUUUCUUCUUUCUUUCUUUUUUGCCUCCCUUAUAUAUACAGUAUUCCUUCGUGUUUCCCCGUGGCUUUUUUGUCAUUCAUUCAUUCAUUAUUUUUCUUUUUUUUUUCUCUAUUUCUACACGUAUUUCUCCUCCUUUCUUUCUUUUCUCUAACUGCAUUAUAUAUUUUCCUUUUUUUCCUUCGUUACAUUUACCGCUUUUAUUCUUCUUUCGUUGUUUUUUACACGUCUGUAUGCAUAUAUUUCUGUCAUUCAUUAUGUUCUUCCUCCUUUUCCCCUGUCUUUUUUAUUCGUUAUGUAUUCUUUCAAGUUUUAUUUCUUUCUUUUAUCUUUCUUUAA